AUGGGCACUCCUAAAGAUCUACUAAUGGCACACAUCCUGGCAGCCCCUACAUUCUACACUGUGACAGUUCAUAAGAAAUGCAGUCAACAAUAUAAAGCAACCAUAGGUGCUGAUUUUGUAACCAAAGAAGUGCAGCUUGAUGACAGGAUUGUAACACUUCAAGUAUGGGACACGGCUGGACAAGAAAGAUUUCAAAGUCUUGGUGUUGUGUUUUAUAGAGGGGCAGAUUGUUGUGUUCUAGUUUACAAUGUUAAUGUACAGAAAUCAUUUGAUAAUCUUAACAAUUGGUGCGAGGAGUUUCUUAAGCAGGCAAGCCCCGCUAAUCCUGGCAAAUUUCUGUUCAUUUUACUUGGGAACAAGGUCGAUAUAGAUGGAGGAAACAGCCGAGUGGUUUCUGAAAAGAAGGCUAAGGAUUGGAGCUCAUCCAGAAGUGAUAUUCCCUACUUCGAGACCUCAGCUAAAGAGGAUCAGAACGUGGAUGUUGCAUUUCAAUGUGUUGCAAAGACUUCACAUGUCAAUGACCAACUGCAGGAUAUAGACUUCAAUCCCAUCCCAGAUGAAGUCCCAAUCGAGCAAAGGGGAGGUGGAAGCUGUGCGUGUUAGUGAAAAAAAAUUCUGGUUUUGUUUUUCAGUGGACAUCUAAGCUAUAUAGCCGACGAGCUUUUGAAGCUCUUCUUCGUUUGCCUGAUGCAUAUAUUCUUUAUUUUUCUGUUGUCAUUCCUUCCAUUUUUUGUGCCUAUUACCACUUCUGUAUACUAAAACUCCUAUGUGCGCGAGAAAUUUAGUGAUGUUCUUGUUUCUUCUUUUUGCUGGGUCUGCUAUUGCUUGUAAAGACACCAUCACAUUUUAUCGGAAGAUGGUGAU